ACAACACGUCCGCAACCUCUGCAGUGCUCCCCCCGCCGCUUGUUUCGCAAACUCGCGAUAUCUUACCGCACCGCCGCCACCGCCGCCGCCUUCACGGGUCCCCCUCCUCCGCCAGACGGUCAACCCGUUCGCGGGUUUUUUACAGCGACGGUCAACGACACGCGCGUUGCCGCCGGUGACUGGCGCACGUGUGCUUUCCGUGUACGCGCCGUUUCGAAACACAUUAUAAUAUACGUACACGAACAUUAUAGAAUAUUGUGUGUGCGAGCGCUGAAAUUUUUGGGAUAUUUGAAUAAAAUUAUUAAAACUAUUAUUACUGCUAUCGCUUAGAUUGCGGUGCCGAGCUACUAAAUUAUGUUAAUAUUCGAUCAAAAAUGCGACGAUAACGUUACAGGUUUUUGUAUUCGGUAAUGGUAAAUCCCGAUUAUAUGUAAAUAAAAUUACACCUACAAAAUACUAUCAUAAGUGAAAGUAAAAUCAGAAACAGAAAAGUAUAUCUAGUAAAGCUCACAAAAGACACUAGGUGCCAAUAUGUUUUUAUUUAAGAAUGUAGAAGAAUUAAAUGAACUAUUUAUAAGAAACAAAGAUAUGAGUAUGUUGUUGGAUGAAAAAGAUAGAGGUACUUUAGAUAAUUUGAUCAUUGAAUUUUCUAAAGAUACUAAUUCAAAUUUACUAAAGACUAUUUUGGGGCUUCAGGAGAAUAAAUAUUCCAUUGAAAUAAUUUGGCAACUACAUACAAAACAAAUUGUUGACUUUACAGAAUUUAUCACAUGUUAUAAGUGGGAUCUUGAUCAUAUUGUUAAAACACUUCUUUGUAUGUCUGAAUCAAAGGAAAAGCUAUGUCAAGAAAUUUUGACAGACUUAUUGGGCAGUCUAUUAAUUUUAUUGUCUGGGGAACCUAACCAUAAAUUUGAUCGACACAUACAAAUUAUUCAACAGUUUUUAACUCAAUCAAGCUUAAUACUCGUAAGAAAUCAUGAUGGAUGGGUCUAUUUGAAAAAUCUCAAAUGUUCAUCUUAUUUAACAAAAUUGUCAACUCAAAAAAUAUUCAAAAUUAUAUUAAAAAACAUGCUUAUAGCUGAUGUUAAUUUCCAUUUGAAUAUUGCAUAUGAACAGUAUAGAUUAUAUAAAACUCCAGAUUCUGUUCAUAACAUGCUCAAAAUGUUUUUAGAUGAAAUUGAUGAAGAUGUUAUAUAUACAUUAAUUCAAAAUGUCCUAACUCAGCAUUCAGAAAAAGCCAAUUGGAAAUUGUUGCUGUCUUUAAUUUCUACUUUUGUAAAAACUAAAUCUCAUCUAUGUCAUAUGUUAAAAUUAAAACUAGAAGAAUUUUUUAAUCAAACAUUGUCCAAAUCGACUACAGAAAAAAGUUUCUUAGUGCAAAAAGCUGCUUUAUUAAUUUUUCGUCAUUGUUGUUUGGAAAUUGGUCUUUGGUCAGAAUACAACAGAUGGUACAGUUCAUAUAAACCAAAUGUAGAUACUGCUAAAGUAUUCUACUCUUUGCUCACUGAACUAUUGACAAUUGAUUUACCUGCCGCUUUAGCAGCCCAUAUUAAUACUCAACCUAAACUUACAGAAUCUUGUGGAGAUGUACAGUCAGAUUAUGUCAAAAAAGCCCAAGCCCAACUAAUAAAAAUAAACCAUGGAGAAGAUUACAUGGGUUUGUUUAAAAAUUACGACGAUUGUCAGAACCGUCAUGAAUCAGACAUUGUCAAGGUGCUCGAAUCUUUCAAAUCAACUGGUCAAGUAAUGCGAGUUGUCUUAGAAGCAUGUGUUUUUAGAAAUAAAUAUUUUACUGGUACCUUCCUUAAGACUUUAAUGAAUACACAAUUGGUAGAUAAUGAAUUACGAAACAGUUUUAUUGAAAAAUUAAAUAGUAUGAAUAAAAUUCCUAAAAAUAUGUACACCAAAUGGAAACAAGAACAACAUAGCAUCUAUUUUUCAUAAAUCAAAUAUUUCUUGUAAUUGCUCAAUAAAAAUUAAAUUGUUUCAUAA